AUGCAGAGACUGGUUGCAAUCUCAGGAUGUGGCCAUCUACCCCACGAAGAAUGUCCUAAAGCGUUGCUUGCAGCAGUAUUACCCUUCAUCGCAUUGUGUAUCUUUACUCGUGUUUCUAAUAAGACCACAAUAGGAAGUACUAUAGUAAAUUGUAAUUAUGGAGUAUCUUUACUCGUGUUUGAAGAUGACCCAAUUGAUCUCCUACAAAAUGAUGAAGUUGAUGGUGAAGAGGUUAGUUUGUCAACAAUACAAGAAAAUGAAGAUGAAGAGGAUUCCAAUGACGAUGAUGAAAAUUUAAUUGUAAUUUGA